AUGAAGGCAUUUAAUUUUAUUUGCACAAUUGCACCAGAAAAUAAUUCAAUCGAACGAAUUGAACGAAUGAUUUAUAAAGGAAUGUCAGUUGCACGAUUAAAUUUAACGCAUGGAACUCAUGAAUCACAUUUUGUGACGAUAACGAAUGUUCGACUAGCUGCAGAACGAUAUUUCGUUAGAACAAGUUACGUUUGUCCACUUGCAAUUGCUUUUGAUUUAAGAGGUCCUGAAAUGCGAACUGGUGAAAUUAUAGAAAGAGAUGUGAAAAUUGGUGAAUCUGUGACUUUAAGUUGCAGUGCGGAAUUCUUGACUAAACCAGAUGGAAGCACAAUUUAUGUGGAUUUUCCAAUAGCAAGAAAAGUGAAGAAAGAUCAAGUGAUUCUUAUUGACGAUGGAUCCGUAGCAUUAUCAGUUGAUUGUGUUCUUGGCGACAACAUUAUGUGUCUUGUGAGAAAAGGUGGAAUUCUCAAAAGCUUCCAAACAUUGUACAUUCCAGACAUCGUCAAUCAACUCUCUCAGCCAUUCUUAUCCGAGAAGGAUAAAAACGACAUCGACUUUGCCAUUGAACAAAAUGUCCAAUUUCUAUUUGCAUCGCAUGUCAAAGAUGGAGAUUCGAUUGAUAAAAUUCGUGAAUAUCUCGACGACAAUUCUUCAUCGAAAUCAAUCAAAAUUUAUGCAAAGAUUCAAAAUCAGUUUGCUGUUGAUGAAAUCGAAGAAAUAAUUACAAAAUUUGAUGGAAUAAUCAUUGCACCGACGAUUGCAAUUAACUUGAGAACAAUUCCAGUACUUGAACGUUUAACAUUAUGGAAAUGUAAACGAAAGAUGAAACCAUUUCUGUUGACAGUUGAAUCUGAAUUGGAAAGUGCGGAAAUUUAUCAAAUUUCGAAUUGGAGUCUUCAGUUUGUUGAUGGAAUUAUUUUGAAACGUGACGCUUGUCGUGAUAAAUUUGAAGCGAUUCAGUCAUUAAAAGUGCUUCAAAAAGUAAAUUCAAUUAAAUCUGAAAUGUCAGAUGAAGAAAAUGAAAAGUUCGUUGACUUUUCAGCAUUUGAUUUCAUGAAAGUCGCUUUAGCUUCUUCAACAGUAAAAGCUUCAAUAACAAGUGAAACAUCUGCUAUAAUCAUCAUUACCAAUUCAAGUCAACUUCCUUUUCUCGUUUAUUAUCAUCAUCCUAAAUGCCUUACAAUUGUAAUCAUUGAAGAUGAAAUGCAAGCUCGUCAACUCAACAUCUUGAAUCGAUUGAUUCCACUUAUUGAUAACCGAGAAUUGAAGACUUCAAAGGAGAAUUUUGCUGUUGAAUUCACUUUAAAAAGUAAAAUAACAAAACCAGGCGAUUCAAUUGUCAUAUUAAACGAUGAACAGAAUUCAAUGACAAUUCAUUACAUUCCUUAUGAUAGACAAAAACAAUUAAAAUUUUAA